AAAGCCUGUCCAUUGAAGUAAUCAUCGUAAGGAGUUAGAAUGGUGUUGGAGAGCAUAGCCCGGGUGAUUAAGGUGCAGCUGCCUGCUUACCUGAAGAGGUUACCCAUCCCAGACAGCAUUGCGGGCUUUAUCCGCCUGACAGUUUCAGAAUGGCUGAGAUUGUUACCAUUCCUUGGUGUCCUAGCACUGCUUGGAUACCUUGCUAUUCGACCAUUCCUACUCAAGAAGAAGCAGCAAAAGGACAGCUUAAUUAAUCUCAAGAUCCAGAAGGAGAACCCAAAGGUUGUAAAUGAGAUAAACAUCGAGGAUCUGCACUUAGCAAAGGCUGCCUAUUGUCGAUGUUGGCGCUCUAAGACUUUUCCUGUUUGUGAUGGAUCUCAUAACAAGCACAACGAGCUCACGGGAGACAAUGUGGGUCCAUUGAUUCUCAAAAAGAAAGAAGUAUAAUGCACCUCGGCUGCCUGAUACUGACUCCACUGUGCAAAAUUGGAGAUUGGAGAUUCUUAGUGAUUAAUUUCUUGCAAGAGCCUUACUUACUGAAUGGACUUCAACAAAUUGCAAUAUUCUGUAAUCCCUCCCCUCACUAAAUCUGUGUGAAUUACUUCAAACUGUUCUGCCUUAUGUACUUCUUCCAGCCCAUGUUAAUGUGCCUUCCUUAGACAGUUCUGUCACAUCUCAACAUAAUCACUUUGGCCCAAGUCACAGUGACCCAUUUUCACUUGACUUAUAAAAUGCUGGGAUCUGAUUAUUUGCGUGAAAUUGCUGCCAUUUAGAGAAACGUCACUGCUAUGGCAUUUUGUCUUUUUAAAGACUGUUUAUAUCAGCAGUGUUCCCUUCCUCAUCUUAAUGUAUAGCAUUUCCCCAGUAAAACAGCAGUUUAGUUACAUUUCUAUUAAUCUAUAAAAAGGAUUUCCGUCAGCUAUUUGUAGAUGUGCUGUUACACACUGCCUGAGUAUUACACACCGUGCCUGUGAUGUUUAGUAUGUACACUUUAUAUAGUGAUUGCAGUGGACCACUGGUAUUAAUGUAGUGUGAGUCAAAAAGUCUUAAUAUUUAUGGCGACCUCAUUUUUAUUUAAAGGUGAUUUAUGUUUUGGGCUUCUGUACCAGUCCAAGGCAACCACAGCCCUUUAGCACGGAAGAUCUGUGUCUCUGAAGAUGCACCAGUAGCUCCCAAUUUUCUUUUCUGCUGAUUCACUGCACAUGCUCUGUGCUGCUGUCACUUACUGAGCUUAGGGAUCCACUCACAAUCGACAGUACACAUAGAAUAUAAAUGUCACAAUAUAUCGCUGAUUAAUAAUAAAUACAGAUAAUUACUACAUGGCAGCACAGAAACCAGUGCAACUUGCAUCACAAUUUAAUAAUCAGUAGCAUCAGCUUAUAUUACAGACCAAACUCAUUAUCUGCUUGCUAAUUUGCGACGACCCCUAAGCAGCCCACUGAGCAUGUGAGUGUCACAGACUUUCCAAGAUGGUGACCCCCUGUGACAAGUUUGAAGUCCUGGAUCAUUGCUACUAUUGAGAAGCUGAAACUUUAGGCUAGUGACAAAUAUGUCAUUUUUAGCCAUAUUUAUUUUUAAGGUUUAGUUCUCCUUUAAGACUGGUUUGUAUUGUUGGCUUUUUUGUUUUAACCUGUCGGUUGCGGAUGCACCAGGAUAGGAUUGAUUUCUCCUUUACUGCUUUCCUAACCAUUGUAAUGUUGUACUCGAACCUGUUUUUAUUUGGUCACCUUCAAAAUGUUUUCAGUGUAUUAUAGUGUGCAGCAUAUGGGUUUGCAAGCCUUAUUAAACUUCAUUUUUGAGCA